AUGGAUUCACGAUACCACUUUCCAGGAACGAUGUCCAAUCGUUACGAACAACUUUCGCCUAAUACUAAUCCACGUCAUGCGAACAACCCAAAUCGUUCAACAUCGACUUCGACACGCUAUCUACAUCGUGCUCCGCCUGUCUUUCCACAGCAUCAUCAACAUCGCAUUCGUACCCCACCGCCGCUUCUGUCUUCGUCAUACUUAGGCCCCUUGCAACAACAUCGGCCACGCUUUCUCUCUGCCUGGGAUCUGACUCCAGCACCGAAUAUCUAUCUUUCGUCACGCAAUAUUGCUACGGGUACGCCAACACCAACGUCAAGACCGCAACAAUACGAAGAGGACCGUACUCAACUGCAAUCAAUGCCAGCCAAAGAUUUCGCUGAUUUAGUGAUGUUGCCACGUGAAUGGCGUCGUGGUGACGACUGCAUUCAAUGGCCGAGAAAUCAUGAUUAUUACAACAUCGAAUGGCUGGAAAAUCUCUGGAAAUACAUUAAUGAAAAACUUCCUAAUGAUCUCUCCAUGUUAGAAAACACCAAUAUACUUUAUCUACAACCAUUGUCACGUCCAAUUGGUGCUUCCACAGCGAAUAAUAGUAUAUCAUUAUACAAACUCUCGAAAAACAUCGGUCUAAUUCAAUUACCCAUUGUUCCAAGCAAAGAUGAUUUAGCCAUACAGAAAAUUCUUCUAAAACUGAAUUUCUAUUGCAUUGAACCAUUUCCGGAGAUCAUUCGUCGGCACAAAUGUAUUGAAGAAUAUGUUCCACAAUUAUCCUGUCUUGGUCUCUUACAAAUCUUCAAAUGUCGCUUAAGACAUUUCACUCAAUUGAAAAUUCAACAUGAAUUCAACACCCUACUAAAUGAACAUGACAUGAAACUCCUUCGUCAAUAUCUUUCGCGCAUAAUGACACAACAAUUAGAUGAUUCCAACAUUCAAUGUAUUAAACAACUCCCAAUCUUCGACAAUGCAUUCCUAGGCAUUGAUAAUAAUCAACAACAAUAUCGAUAUAUCAGUCUGAAUAAUAUUUUAUAUAUCUACGAAUCCGGAACGAAAUUACCAUGUGAUUUACAGCCACCCAAACAAUGCAUUCAUGUGACUGAUAGCGAUUCGCGAAUUCUAUUAGAUAAAUUAGGUUAUGUUAUACAUGAUUUUACACAUGUUGCUAGAUAUCUUAUCACAACUCUGGGCCAACAACAACAACAACAAUUAAAUAUCCAACAGCAACAACAACAGACACCAAAUCCAUCGACAAUGAAUACAUUAUUCAAGAAUGAUCAACAAAAAAUGGCAUUUCUAGGCAAAUGGUUAUUGUCAAACUGUGCAAAUUUGAUUUUAACAGAUGUUGUUUGCCAAGAUACUCUGUCAACCAGUCGAUUAUUUCCGAAUCGCAAAGGUGAAUUAUGUUCGUGUCAACAAAUGUUUGAUCCGACAUCGUUUCAUGCGAAUAACAAAGAAAAGUUCUUAAUCUUAUUCGAAUCGAAAUAUUUACCAUCGAUUGACAUAUGUUCAACUAACGAACAUAUCACUUUACUUAAGCAUUUGAAACUAAAACAAUUCUAUGAUAUCAAAUGCGAUGAAUUAAUCGAUAUUUGUGAAUUAACUAUUAAAGAAUCAGCCGCUAAUGGGAAACGUUCGCUGAUGUUUCUCUUAGCUGAUUUUAUCAUUGAUAUUUUGAAUCAAAAUGGGAAACUAAUUGACGAUUAUUCUCAAACGAAACGAAUUAGUCUGAAACAAUACUUAAACAUCACGCAAUGGAUCCCAGUUAUGCUCGAAAGGCCAAAUUCUUAUCCAUCAACAUUGACAUGGCAAGGUUCAAUCGAUUCACGUCGUCCGUUCGUCACACCACGCGAAGUGUGCGACAAAUCGAAUGCAUUUUUAGUGGGCGCGACAGCACUGGUUUCGUCACUUGAUCUGCCAGAUAACUUUCUUUCAUCAUCACGUUCAUUCAAUUCAUCAUCGAAUCGUUUACUGAUCGAUAUGCGCGAAAUCAAACUUGAUUUAUUAAUCAAACAAUUGAAAUGCGUCGUUCUUUGUUACUUGAAAUGUUCAUCGCAUGAACAGAAGAGUGAAACAUUUGAUUAUUUAAAUUUAUGCAAACGUCUAUACGAUGCGUUAGCACAUGUUAAUAAUCCUAAUGAUAUUCUCAAAGAAAUGCGCAUAUGCGACUUGAUUGAAUGGAUUUGGAAUGGUACAAAUGGAUUCUCUUCCACAAAUCAAAUCUAUCUCAUCGAUAAAACUCAUUCAUUAGCUGCGUACGUUCAAAUCCUUCCGUAUGAAUUGUACAAUUACCGAAAGUUUUUCGAAUCCAUGGGAGUGAAACAUCAUCCGGAUGGAGCGAAACUAGAAGAUAUCAUUCGCAAUCAGCAGAUCUAUGAUGAGAACUUGUUCAAAUGGAUUAAGGAAACAUAUUCGGGCGAUCGCCGUCUGUUACAAGUGAUCAACGAUUUAGAAACGAAAAAUAAUAAAACAGUACCAACGAAAAGCAUGCCAGAUGAACAAACACGUAUCACAUUUUCGAGCACUUUGGAUCUGUCCGAUGAUAAAAUAUAUCUAUAUCUACCAGAUAUUUUCAAUAAGCAGAAUAACGUGAAAGAAACAGUUGUUCAAGCGUUGACAACCAUCUCAAAGGAGAAGAAAUGUCAUUUACUAUCCGAAGAAGAUUAUUUCAUUCGUAAAAUGUCAGGCCCUGAAUAUCAAAAGAACCUCUACGAUCAUUACCGUGCUUUUAAUGAUUUACUCUUACCAAAUUUGAAUGUUCUACCCAAAAAUGUCAAAGAUACUUUGGUGCUAUUUGCAUUAGACCAUGCCGAUGCAUUAAUGUUGAACAUUCUCAAACAACACUGUUGUAUUCCAUGCACACCCAAUGGAAGAAUUUUGAACAAACCAUCGAAAUUGAUUCACCCGUAUUGCCGUCUAGCGUCGUUGUAUUCAGAUAUUGAUUCGCUGUUUCCGUAUGGUGGUCAGGAUUCCUAUUUACGAGAAGAUCGAUUGAAUGUUUUAAAACUACUGGGAAUGAAAUGCGAUGACAAUCUUGUCACCUGGCCAGAACUUGUCGAACGUUGUGAAUCGAUUCAACGUAUGCGAGAUUAUGACUUAGCUCAUGAACGAUCAGUCGCACUUUUACAAAUUCUCAAUGACAUGCUUUCAAUCUCCUCGUCAAAUACAACUCGAACGUAUGAUGAAAAUGAUGACUCAUCCGACCGUCGCUCGCGACAAUCGACAUCACUUUCACGUGACAAACCGCCAAACUCUCAAUCAUCAACAUCAAGUACACAUGAAGCACUUCAUGACAAAGAAGCACGAGCACGUGCAUCGAUACAACUUCGAGAACUUCCAUUCAUUCCGAUAAAACAACGACCACAUGAAUUAAACGGAAUCAGUUUGACAUGGAUGGGCGAUAAAUACAUCGGCCGAUUGUUCAAACCCAAAGAUAUUCUCUCGCAACAAUAUGAACAAUUAGUUUGUUGUUCAUGGCCGAUUGCUCAACAGUCGAAAAAUACUCAAGAACAACCAACAAUUACUAAGCAAGUCGAGCAUUUUCUUGGCCUCGACGAUACAAGCAAAAUCGAACUUCGCGAUGUUUUAAAACAACUCGACGAAUUAGCCAAAUUAACGAUCAUCAAUGGUCCAAGUUCAGCUACUUACAAUCAUCAAAUUACAUCAAAAUACAUUCUCGACAUGAGCUAUGCAAUCUACGACUACAUUCAAUCCUUCUGUUUUCCUCAUUUGAAAUCACCCAAUGAACAUCUAUUUGAAUAUCGUUCAUCAUCGAUGACAUCACAUCAACUAGAACAAUGCAUACGUGAUGUACGCGAAUUUUUUUCCCAGCGUCGUCUCAUCUACAUGAAUGACUCAUCGUCAACGGAUACUUAUCUAUUCCUAUCGCUAUCUCAACUCUUAUGGCAAGCACCGACUCGUGCAUCGGCGUCAAACAAUUUAAAACCAUAUUACUAUCCUCUUCCCAUCGCUUUACAUAAACAUUACAAAAACCUCUUCUUAGAUUUAUUACAAAUCAAAAUUCAAAUCGACGGUAAAGAUCUUCUGAACAUCAUUGAGCAGAUCAAGAAGAAGUAUGGAACUAAGCCUAUUGACAAAGAUGAUUUGACCUUACUACAAAAUAUUUACACUUUUCUAAUCGAACAAUACUCCAAUGUCUUCAGUUCGAAUAUAAGUUUACAUUUACCAAACAUCGAUUGUGUUCUUCAUCCGGGCUCAACCUUAUUCUUCUAUCCAUUUGAAAGAGAACAAAUGUACAGUACUGUAUUAUUACAACAAGCAUCGACACAGAGAGAGAGAAUGUCGACGACGCCAUUGAAACGCAGUAACCACACAAUUGUCUUCAAAUUUCCAUCUUCCGUUAAUUUGUCAAAUCCAUCAUCACAAGACGAACAUUAUGUUCAUCCGUCUAUCGAUCGACGUGUUUGCCUCAAAGCUGGUGUCAAAGUACGCAAAUUGCCCACAGUUACUGCCACGGCAACGGUCUCGUCGACUCCGCCAGCUCCAUUAGUUGAAACCCAAACCGCCACGUCGAAUCUUCCAACAACUUCCACUUCACGUCUGUUUCCGAAGAUCUUCGGAAAUAAAAAACUCGAAUCAAUCUUAGCACGUCUCGAUGAUCCACACAUCAAUCCUCAAUUAGUUGAAAAUAUGGACGAAUUAAAUCCGAACAUUGUCUUAGAAUUCCUCUUAGAAUCCAAUAAACACACCCAAAUUACCAAUAAUCUCUCCGAUGAUGACAUUGUUAUUAUCUUGAAAUACUUCAAUGAUUUUCUCAUUCACGGCUAUCAAGGCAAUUUCCAAAAGCUUCGCGAAUUGAAGAUCUACAAGCCAAUCUGGGGAACUGUGUCCUCCGAUGACAAACAACAACAACAAAUACCCAUUCAACAAUGUUGCUCUCUGGAGAACUUCUCGCAUGUUUAUGUUCUACACGAAGAAUGGGCAAAUAUCAUUCGUCGUUCGUUCAAGCGAAACUUUUUCAGUGAACAAUUUCACGAAAAGAAAACCGUGUUACUAAUGCAAAAGAAAAUCGAACCGCUAAGCAAAAUCUUCUCUCAUAUUCGAUUUAACGUCCUCUCGGAUGUGGAGAUUUUUCUCCAAUUAUGUUUACCAUACUUCCGUAAACUCGAUGUAAAGUCUCAAGCGAAUCUAUUGAAGUAUUUUAUCGAAGAGAUCGACGAGAAACAAUUCCCACAUGAAAAAGAACAAUGUCGCAAACAAUUACAUGAUUUAUUGGAAAUAUUCACUCAAACAUCAACAAAUAAUAAUGAUUGUUUACAAAAGACACCAGCAGGAAUCGCGCGAUCAUCACGUGAUCCACCGGAAAUCUGUCCAGUGCAUGAAUUGUACGAUCCGAACAUCAAAAACAUUCGCUCUAUCUUAGGCGUUCAUCAUUUUCCCGACGAGCAAUUCCACACACCAACAUUAUUAAAAUUUUUGAAAGAAUGUGGUUUACGCUCAUACAUCUCAACAGAAAAAUGCAAACAAAUCAUGGAAUCCAUUCAACUGAACGUCAAACAAGAAGGUUGGACACACGAACAACGCAAACGUUCGAAGUACCUGUACGAACAUAUGCUCUUCAAUUGGACACGUUACGACAAUUCCAUCUUAGAUUACAAGUUUCUCGAACCUUAUCAAAUGCAUGCUAAUCACGAUGAAUUAUCACAAUUGCACGAACAAUAUGCGAAUUGUUCGGAUUCGAACAUCGCUGAUCAUUUUCGAUUUACGUGUAUUAAAUUAAGCGAUGGAGAAUUAAUUAAAGACUCGAAAUUGUGUUGGACAUCAUCGUAUUUAUUACCGGAAUUUAUUCGUCUGGAACAUUAUAAUGAUGCUAAUGAUCAAAAAGAAUCAAUCGACGAAAAUGCCUUGGAAUUUUUCAAAUUAAACAAAAAACCUUCUUACACAUUGGUACAAAAAAAUCUAUCAAACUUAGCGAAGAAAUUUUCAUUAAAAAACCAACACUUCAAUGACACAAAAUCUCCCUCGCCUACCAUCAAUCAACAAGUUAUCGACGAUACUCUCAUUCCGGUCUUGAAAGCGAUCUACAAUUACUUUCAGCAUGAAAUCAAGCAGGAACGUCGAGUGGAAGUCUACAAAGAAUUAGAAGAUCGAGAAUUUAUCUACUCUCGAACACGUCGGCAAUUUCUACCAGCGAAAUAUUUCUGUUUGAACCUUCCGGCCGCCGAUGAAAUCCCUCCGUUUGUCUUCUCAUUGGAUACAGAAUUUCACGAGUACAAAGACUUUUUCCUCCAAAUCGGAACACAAGCCGAACCACAUCCGAUGUUAUACGGAGAUAUCCUUCGGAAAUUAUCGAAAGUUUGCGAACAGGACUAUUUGAAUUCUAAUGAAUUGUGUAAAUCAUUGAAAGCAAUGGAAUGCUUCUUUAAAUAUCUGGCGACAAGCACAACAAUCAAUGCGCAAACGAAACUACCUGGUUUAUACUUUGUUUCGAAUGAUUUCAAACUUAUCAAAUCGAACGACAUUGUCAUUAUGGACGACAGAACCAAAAUUGACUAUAUUACCAAGUUAAAUCAAGAUAAAUUCAUGUUUAAUCCAAAUGAACGCGUUCUUAAGCUCGACACAAAUAACUCUUCAAACUCGAAAACGAAUGGACCAGCAACAAAUAUCAAAGAUAUCAUCGAUAAAAUCUUCGUCAGUCAACGUCCGGUUUUGUUCAGUCAGAAAUACGAAGAAUCAUUUUCCAUCACCAUACCCGAAGAUGAAGAGUCUCAUCGUCAACGAUUCUUGUUCAAUCUCGAAAGAAAGUAUAAUCAAUUGUUGUCAUCACGGCAUUUACAUCGUUGUAUGGCACGUGUUAUUGCCAAUCAUGUGGCACGACAACAAAAUCCCAAGAUUAUUUCCAUUGAUGAUGUCGAAAAUCUCAUUCGACAACGAUUGACCUUUGUGAAAGUUACCUGUGUCGAAUAUUUAGAAACGAAUUUGAUCUACAAGAAAACGCAACAGAAGAUCGAUCAAUCUGUUGACGAAAAAGCGGUUUAUCUAGUUGUGGAAGGUGAAGAAAACAUCAUUCUGUACAUCAGUAUGAAACACACCGAACAACCUUACUUCACACUAUGUCUUGCACGUGCGUUGAGUCCAUGUUUGGGUCUAUCCGAAUUACAAUUAGACAAUUCCGUUAUGGCUGCUCUCUUAGCGACAACAAUUGGACAAAUGGCGAAAUUGCUAAAUUUAGUCAAUGUUGCCACGGAAGAAAAUAUUCUGUCUAUACUUAAACUACAGUAUAUUCCAUCCCCGGGUAAUGUUUAUGGUGAUGAUAUCGAACAAUUACAGCAAUUCAAUAUCGAUCAACAUCAGAUUCUACCGGGAGAUUUAUGUGUUUAUCGUCUGAAUGAUCUUUAUAUUUAUUGCGAAGUGGAAAAGAUUCUUAGAGAAUCGGACGGUGACCAUGAAUCCCAGCGUGAUGAAUGGUCGUGGAAAAAGUCCGACUCCUCAGUUUCAUACGCCUUCAUCUGUAAAAUCAAUGAUGCGAAUGAAACACAGAAGAUCGAAGCAUCAAAUUUUUACGUACUUGAACAUUGGUCAAGAAUAUUCGAUGCUGUACAUACUAAACCAGUCGAUGAAAGAGAAUCAUUCAAAUCAUCAACGACAACAACACAAGGCAAAAGUGGUGAUAAAGAUAAAUACAAUGAUGAAAAAACUUCUUCCUCUUCGAAACGCUCAGGAAAAGCGAAUCAUGCUGGUGAUUUUACCAAUGAUUCCAAUCAUUCAACGAAUGGUUUCGAAAACUUCAAAACUCAAACGUCCGCAGAUAGCAAAAGUGGUGAUAAAGAUAAAUACAAUGAUGAAAAAACUUCUUCCUCUUCGAAACGCUCAGGAAAAGCGAAUCAUGCUGGUGAUUUUACCAAUGAUUCCAAUCAUUCAACGAAUGGUUUCGAAAACUUCAAAACUCAAACGUCCGCAGAUAGUGACUCCUCAGGUAAUGCCACAUCCGAAUCUCAAUCCGAAUCUGAAUCAACUCCAGCCAAUGAACAAGAUCUGAUUGAUAAAGCCGAAUUAGAGUUAACCAAAACCGAAAUCUACAAUGCUGUAAGACAAGCCUAUCAAUUGACAGGGCAGGAGCGGAAGAAAACAGUCAAGAAACUUUUAUUAAAAUGGCAUCCAGAUAAAAACCCCGGUCGUGAACGUUUCGCUGCCGAAGUCUUCAAGCAUUUACGUAAACAAAUCGAUCAUUUUGAAAACGAUCCGUUAACCUCAUUUUUCAAUACCUUUAAUAACUUUCACCACACUCCUUUUUCAACAUCCGAUCCACGAUUCAGUUGGAAUAAGUAUUCCAACACAACGAAAAGCGAUCAUCAUCAAAGUUCAUCGUCGGCCACUACGGGCGAUGAACGAUUCGGUAGUUUUGAUAAUUUAAAUAAAGAUUCAACCGAUGAUACAAAACGUAGUUAUCAAGAUAUACCAAAAGAUCAUUCUGAGAAUACAGAUCCGAAUGGAAAUGGAACGAAAAGUCGCUUUAGUCCCCAUCGAUCAUCAUCGUUUCGCACAGCGCGUGAAGAAUGGCAAUAUCGCCGCCAACACGGAUUUCAACGUCGUCACGGUUUCUUUACACCUACCGAAGAAAAUGCUGGAACUAGUUCUAAUACGACAACGAAUGGAACGGGUUCUCAAACAUCAUCAUCGACUGGUGGAAAAGAAAGUCCCAAUGCACGACGAAAACGUAACUAUCAACAAUCAGAAGCCGAUCGAUGGCUUAAACAAGCACAGCAUGAUUUGGAAAGUUCAUAUAGUGAUAUGCAUUCAUCAACAGGACAAGUGGCAUACGAUUGGGCUUGUUACAAAUGCUAUCGAGCGGCGGAAAAAGCCUUAAAAGCGUAUCAUUAUUACAAAGAUACUGGUAAAAACAUGACCGCAGAUAUUCCAGGUUUGCUAAUCGGUGUUGAUAAUGAUGUACGAGAAAUCGGAUAUAAAUUAUACAAAUGGAUCGGUGAUCCGAAUCGAAUGCAAUAUCCCAAUGCAGCACGGUUUGCUAAAAUUCCAGCUGAAGUAUUCACUGUUUCACAAGCUGAACAAGCAAUUGAAUAUACAAAAGAAUUACUGAAGAAAAUCGAAGAUAUUAUGUAUCCAUGA